CCUCCUACCUCGCGAUCUUUUUCUCUGCUUACUAAAACUUCAUCCUUUGGCCCUUCAAACCAUUCGAGACUGUGACAAUGCAAAACGCGCCUGAGCUCGCCAUAGUCGGUGGUGGUAUUGUCGGUCUGAUAUGCGCACUCGGCCUGAUCGAUCGCGGUAUCAACGUGAGAGUCUACGAGCAAGCUGGCGGACUCCGUGAGAAUGGAGCUGGCCUAGCAUUCACACGCAACGCAGUCGAGUGUCUCAAACUUGUCAGUCCAUUGGCAAGCGAAGCUUUGAAAUCUGUGCAAACGCCCACUGGAGACACGACCCAGCCAAACGACCACCUAACAUGGGUUGACGGAUUCAAUCAGCACGAUCAAAACGAUCCAAUGUUUGAGCCAGCGCUGUUCAAGCUUUUUGUCGGAGCGAAUGGCUUCGAGGGCUGUCAUAGAGCUCAUCUGCUCGAGGCAUUGUGGAAGAGAUUGCCACAAGGCACAGUUGUCUUUGGCAAGAAGUUACAGACCAUCCAUGAUGACCUCCACAGCGACAGGGUACUCUUGCAUUUCGUGGACGGAUCAAUUGCACAGGCAAAUGCUGUCAUCGGAUGUGACGGUAUCAAGUCUCGUACCAGAGCCUUGUUGCUCGGUCCCGAUCACCCGGCAUCAAAGCCUCAGUAUACACACAAACUCUCCUACCGAGCUCUGAUCCCAAUGGAAAAGGCCAUUGCCGCUCUUGGAGCACAAAAAGCACUGGACCAAUGCAUGCACAUAGGUCCGAACAGACAUCUCCUCCACUUCCCCGUCGCAGAUCAGAAGCUACUCAACGUUGUAGCGUUCAACUCAGACUGCGACCCCUGGGUUGAUGAAAACGGCCGACUGAUCGCGCCAGCUACGAGACAAGAAGUCGUCGACGCCUUCAAAGACUGGAACAAACCUGUUCGAACCAUUACCGAAAUGUUCCCCGAGGUCGGAGAGAAAUGGGCUGUGUUCGACAGCUACGAGCACCCGGUUCCGUUCUACUCCAAGGGACGCGUAUGUCUAGCUGGCGACUCUGCGCAUGCCGCAGCGCCUCACCAUGGAGCUGGCGCAGGCGCUGGUGUCGAAGACGUGCUUUGCCUCAUCACCGCAAUUGACAAGGCGCUGAUGUUAGCGACACCAAAGACUGCUUUGACCAACGCCUUCUCAAUUUAUGACGGUAUGCGAUACGAACGUACUCAGUGGUUAGUCGAGAGCAGCCACGAGGUUUGCGAGAUGUACGAGUUGGACCAUCCUUUGACAAAAGGUGACAUGGGCAAAUGCAAGGAUGAGAUUGAAGCAAGAUCACACAAGAUCUGGUACUUCGAUUAUGAGGAAAUGCUGAGCCAGACAUUGAGUGCAGUAGACAAACUCCUGGGCCAACCGGCACCGCGCGUCAUGCUCUGAUUGCCGUGCUUUUGCACUUUGUCAUUCGCUAUUCCUGUUACCAUGGGCUAGAGAUCUGUUAGACAGAUAGCCACGCGGUGCAUUCGAACUAGUCACUAGCAAAGUAAACCAAUAAACGAUAUCAGUACAAAUGAGGAAUUUUUCUUCUGCC